CGCGAGAAAGAAGGAGAAAGAGCUCAAGAAGGAGACGAAGAAGAAGUGAAAGAAGAAGAAGAAGGAGACAGAGACGAGACGAGACGCGUUAAACAAUGGCGGCGCGCGACGCAAGCGUUGGCGUUUCGUCGGAUGAGGCAAAGAAUGUUGACGAUGGGAGAAAAGCUGUGUGUUUGCUCGUGCUCGGCAUGGCCGGAUCCGGAAAGACGACCUUCGUUCAGAGGCUGGCGGCUCACCUUCACACCCUCCAAAGUCCCCCGUACCUGAUCAACCUGGAUCCGGCCGUUCACGAUGUUCCCUUCCCGGCCAACAUAGACAUUCGAGACACGGUCAACUACAAAGAGGUGAUGAAGCAGUACGGCCUGGGACCCAACGGAGCCAUUGUCACGUCGCUCAACCUCUUUGCCACGCGCUUUGAUCAGGUGAUGCGUUUCAUUGAGAAGAAGCAGCACAGUCACAGGUACGUGCUCAUCGAUACGCCGGGCCAGAUCGAAGUGUUCACGUGGUCGGCGUCGGGCAGCAUCAUCACGGAAGCGCUGGCCUCGUCCUUCCCCUGCGUGGUGCUCUACGUGCUGGACACGUCCCGCAGCGUCAGUCCCGUCACUUUCAUGUCCAACAUGUUGUACGCCUGCAGCAUUCUCUACAAGACCAAACUGCCCUUUGUUGUGGUCAUGAACAAAACAGACAUCAUCGAGGAAAGCUUCGCCGUGGAGUGGAUGAAGGACUUUGAGGCUUUCCAGGACGCCCUCAACCAGGAAAGCUCGUACGUCAGCAACCUGACGCGCUCCAUGAGUCUGGUCCUGGACGAAUUCUAUGCCAACCUCAGGGUAGCGGGCGUGUCGUCAGUGACGGGCAGCGGAUUGGAGGAGCUGCUGGUCCAGGUGCGGGAAGCCGCCGACGAGUACGAAAGGGAUUAUCGACCGGAAUACGAGAGACUCCACCAGCAGCUGACGGAUGCCCAAAGCGGAAAGCGGCGGGAACAGCUGGAGCGACUGGCCAGGGAUCUCGGCGCCGUCCGCAUGCCGUCGGCGUCUGUUGCAGAAAAAGUCCACGUGGGCGGGCCCAGCGACCUCAUCAUGACUCGUGGCAUCUGUGACUCGGAAGAUGACACGGCGGCAGCGGCGGACAGCGACACGGAUGACGUGGACCACAGUAAAGUGGAGGAGAGCAAAGAGAAGGACUCCUUUGGAAUUUUCCUGCGGGAGAGGAGGGAGGUGGUGGAGGUGCGAAAUCGCAAGUGCGGCUUACCAGAAGGUCCUUGACGGACGCCGACUCGAGCCAAAGACGGUCGAGCCGAGAUUUCUGCUGACGGCGCCAUCUGCAAUGAGUGUAAAAAAGGCCAAAUAUGAACCAAGUUAAAGGCUUGUAUUUUAAUUUAAAAUUCAAUUAUUUAGGGGAAGCCUGUCUUUCUUGGAACACGCUUAUUGGGGCAUAAUCCCUGCUUUGAAUUAGUUUUUUUUUUUCUCUCUUAACCUUAAUGCGUUUGUAAUGUAAGCUGUGGAUUGAGUCCCUAUCCCCACUGGACUAACCCUAACCCACUAACCCUGUUCUCUGGUUUUCCAAAUAUAAACUUUGAAUGAAAUCUCCAUGUGUGUGUUUUGUCCAAAAUAAAAGUGGCACGUGCUGGAGGCUUUUUGGCACUGAUACCCAAA